AUGGCCGUGCUUCGCGCAUAUCUGACAGGUAACAUCAACAUAGGGAGUAGGGGUGCGGCCACGGCCCCGACCACCCUUGGGUGGUCCACGCCCAUCCUCACGGCGAUCACGGCGCCCAUCACGAUCACGGUCACGGCGCCCAUCACGAUCACGGUCACGGCGCUGAUCAUCACGUCGGCGAUUGACAUAGAUCCCGGCCAACUCCGGCCCCCGAACCGCCUCCCCCCGCGUGCUCUCCUCCCCCGCCCGCACAACAGCAGAAAGUUCCGCGAAUCCCCACGCACGCGCGCGCGCCCGGUGACUGCCGGAUCGGAUCGGAGAUGUGGGAGGCGGUGGCGCUCACGCUGGCCGGCGCCGCCGGCAACAGCAUCGCGCGGUGGUGCUCCAGAAGAAGGGCACGCUCAUCCUCCCUCCCCUCUCCUUCAAGCUCAAGGCACCCUCCCUCCCUCCCUCUCCCCUCCCUCCCCUUCCCCGGAUCGCCGAUGCCGCCGUUUAUCUUCUCACUGUUUAUUACGCUCUGCUGCGCGCGCAGGUGAUACGGCGGUACGCGCUCAACAGGCUCUGGAUCAGCGGCUUCCUCCUCGACAUGUGCGGGGCCGCGCUCAACCGCGCUCAAACGCGGCCUGCAUCGGCGCGCUCGCCUGCGGCCGCGCCAGCUUCUCCUACCACCGCCUCCCCGAGCCGCGCCUCCGCCUCGUCAUCCGCAAACUCGACGACUCCUACUUCGAUGUGCAAAUCGCGAGGUCCGCCGCUGUGUGGGAGCUCAAGGCAGCAAUCGAAGGCUUCUUCAUCGGCCUCUACGAUGACAUGGCUAACGCUAUCACCUGGCGGCACGUCUGGAGCCACUUCUGCUUGUGCUUCAAGGACGAAAAACUGACGGAUGACAAGGCAACAUUGCGCGUGUUUGGUAUAAAAGAUGGCGAUGAGAAUUGGUCAGCUAGUGGGCUACUUGAGAAAAUGAAGGGACUUUCUGAAAGAAGGAAGCUGGAAGAUUAG